AUUACCCGUCUUAAAGGAUUGCUGAGGCAGCCGUUGCGGGUUACAGUCAAGGACGGCAGGAUCUUCCUGGGCACAUUCGUCGGCACGGACGACUCUCUGAACAUCAUCCUGGUCAGCACCGAAGAAUACCGCAUGCCCCAGGAAGGUGGGAGUCACCACAGUAGAUACGUUGGGCAAGUCAUGAUCCCAUGGAAUCUGGUCACGAAGGCCGAAGCGGAA